GGGCGAGCGGCCCGCCGGGCGCCGGAGCCCGCGCCCCGCACCGGCCGCACCGAGGCAGCGCCCCGCGCACCCAGGCGCAGAUGGAAGAGCUAAAGUUUAGGGCUUCCCUGGUGGCGCAGUGGUUAAGAAUCCGCCUGCCAAUGCAGGGGACACGGGUUCGAGCCCUGGUCCGGGAAGAUCCCACAUGCUGCCGAGCAACUAAGCCCGUGCGCCACAACUACUGAGCCUGCGCUCUAGAGCCCGCGAGCCACAACUACUGAGCCCGCGUGCUAAAACUACUGAAGCCCACGCGCCACAACUACUGAAGCCCACGCGCCCUAGAGCCCGUGCUCGGCAACAAGAGAAGCCACCGCGAUGAGAAGCCUGUGCACCGCAACAAAGAGUAGCCCCCGCUCACCACAACUAGAGAAAGCCUGCGUGCAGCAAGCAACGAAGACCCAAUGCAGCCAAAAAUAAAUAAAUAAAAUAAAUUUUAAAAAAAGCUAAAGUUUAGCAAGAGUAAAGUAGUUUACCAGAGGCCACAGUUCAUAAGAGAUGAGAUCUAGGACCUCUGCCUGCAGAGUCUGCAGCCUUUACCACUAUCAUUUACACAGGAAGUUCUUACAACAAGCUGCCUGCCAGCCGCCCUUCCCCAGAUCCCGAAUGCAACCCUGGCCAGGUGGCGCGGAGAACCGUCACUCUGCUGGUCAUGCUGAGCUCAUACUCUGAUGGCUGUUGGAUGAGGUCAAGACUGGGUCCCCUCCCUUCUCCCACUUUACCAAUGCCUGAUCUCAUGGGGUUAGUUUGGAGCCCACCACUAUGGCAUCGUCACCCUCCUUGCCAGCUCCUCGUUCCAGGUCCAAGAAGCCUCUGGGCAAGAUGGCUGACUGGUUCAGGCAGGCCCUGUCGAGAAAGCCCACAAAGACGCCCGUCUCCCCAGAAAGCACCCGCAGUGACGUUUCACAGCCGAGCUCCUCGGACAGGCCCCCACCCCUGGGCCCCAGCGCAGCGGUGUCUCCCACCCCGCCGCCGACACACUUGGGCACCCACGGCGGCGGCGGCCGCUGGAGCAAAGACUAUGAUGUGUGCGUGUGCCACAGCGAGGAGGACCUGGUGGCCGCCCAGGAGCUGGUCUCCUACCUGGAGGGCAGCGCUGCCGGCCUGCGCUGCUUCUUGCAGCUUCGCGACGCAACGCCCGGCGGCGCCAUAGUGUCCGAGCUGUGCCAGGCGCUGAGCAGCAGCCACUGUCGCGUGCUGCUCAUCACGCAGGGCUUCCUCCGGGACCCGUGGUGCAGGUACCAGAUGCUGCAGGCGCUGAGCGAGGCCCCCGGGGCGGAGGGCCGCACCAUCCCCCUGAUGUCAGGCCUCCCCAGAGCCGCCUACCCCGCCGAGCUCCGAUUCAUGUACUUCGUGGACGGCUGGGGUCCCGACGGCGGCUUUCGCCAAGUCAAGGAGGCUGUCACUCGGUACCUGCAGACCCUCAGCUGACACUUCUUACAUCAACACGGAUGCAGACAGUUGGAGCAAAGCUGGAAAUGGAGUUAGAGGGCCUAGGACCUUGGAUUCCAGCAGACGUGCCAAGUUGUAAGGAGUAAGUUUGCAGCACGUUGUAUAUGACCCUGGGAUCAGAUUGUCCGUGGCCUCCAUAACCGUGGGCUCCCAGGAAGGCCCCGGGGAAGCUGGGGACUCCCCCAGGAAGGCCUGGGGAAGCUGGGGACUCCCCCAGGAAGGCUGUGAGGGAGCUGGGGACUCCCCCAGGAAGGCCUGGGGAAGCCAGAAAGUGGAGGUGGAAGGAAGUGCUGAUACCAAGACAUCACCCACGUGUUGCCUCCUGCGUGACUGGACGUGAAGCCUGGCACAUCGUGCCUAUGUCUUCUUCCCCUGGAAUCGGGCACUGGUGUCUAGGUGCCUUCCUCCCGAAGAGGUGACUCACCUGAGUAAGGAGCUGGAAGCCUGGACUGCUCGCCUCAGCUGGGUGGUUUUCCCAGUUGCCUGGGGAAGCCCUGAACAGGUGUCAGGAGAAAACAACAGGUAUAGCGUCUUUCACACUCACACUCUUGCCGGCGUCUCCCAGUGAGUCGUUCACUUCCGAAAGCUGCGUGGAAGAUGCCCUCAGCACGUCUACAGGACAAAUACUGUCCUGUAUUCGUUUUCACUGCAUGCCUGUCAUUAAAGACUCACACCUAGAAAUGAGUCUGAAUAGACAGAAGAGGGGAGGGAGCAGGUGGGGUGAAGAGAAGGAAAGCUCAGACCCUUUAGCUGGGAUCAAAAGCCCACCCACCAAUGCUCUGACAUAUGGGGGCCUCAUCAGGCGUCUGGCCAGAACUCCUGCUUUUACAGUAGUUCCUUCACCUCUGCACUCAGAGGAAUCAGCGUAUUUCUUCUGGCAGAUGAUUGUCUACCUUGUAGGACAGGCAGAGUUUCAUUCAUCUGUUCUCAGUAAAACUUGGUUGUUGAACUGAAAUGAAUUUAUGAUUCCCCUGAUGUGUACUUCUGUGUCUCUUCUCCCACUUCCCCCUACCACAUCUCCUCCUUUUACUGAAAAAAAUGUAUAUAUAUAUAUAUAUUAAAUUGAGAUAUAAUUGACAUAUAACAUAUUAGUUUUAACUGUACAUGAUUCGCUAUUUGUAUAUAUUGUGAAAAAAUUUUAUUUUUAAUUACAGAUUAUCUUAUUACAUACAAAAGGACUAAAGGAUAAUACAGUGUACACUCACAUACUCAACACCCAGCUUAGAAGCCAAACCUCACAAUCCCCACGUUGCUCCCUUUGUGCCCUUACAUUCUAUUCCCUACUCCCACCAGAAGUAACCACUAUUCUGAAUUUUGAAUUUAUCAUUCUUAGCUUUUCUCUAGAAAUUUAUUACAUAUGUAUGCAUCCCUGACAAUAUAUUAACUUUUACAUGGUUUUACACUUUACAUAAAUGGUGUUAUAUUCUGCAAA